ACAAAUGAAAUAGAAUUAGGUCAAUAAAAAUAAUAAUAGAAUAGUUAAAUACAACUGGCAGUUUAGACAAGACUUUAUAAAAUACAAUUCAUCAGCUAAAUGCAAUGGAUAAAGGAACUUUCUUUUGCUUACUAAAAAAAAAGUGGGCUGCGUAAUCACUAAACUUGUACUCAGCACAACAUAACAACAAUAAUAAUGAUAAUGAUAAUGAUAAUAAUAUGACAGUCACUGUAACAACUUGGCACGCUCAGUGUAGCUGCUUCUCUUCACUUGAAAAAUGUCUGCUUCUCUGAGGAAUGUUGGUGGUCGGCAUGCAAGCGCACCAUGCAUCCACACAAACACCAUUCUCCCAGGUAGGAGUAACGUAAUACCUAAGGUCAUUGGCGCAUGAAGUCACAUGACCUGGCUCUUCCACUCCCCUGACACCUUCCUGAUUGGCCCCGCCCCCGUCGGUGCACACCGGGCGGUGACGCAGCGGCAGCACAAAGUGUCAGGUGUCUCACAGGUUUCACAAAAAGAGUGGCUCAACGGGAACUUCCUACAGGUAACUGACAGCGAUGGAAAGCGGUCCAUUCAAUCGAAGGUCCUGGGCGACGCAGUCCUUGCGCAUCACUGCGAGGGAGCUGUCACUCGUCGGCGGCCGAGGGAAAUCCAAUGCAAUUGCAGAGCGCUUCUCGAAGUACCAGAGAGCUGCUGAGGAGACAAGUGCAGAGAAGAAAAAAGCCGCUUUUGACAGUGCAACUCCUUCCCUGCGGUCAGGCAACCUGAGUGCUCUGAAGAAGCGCUGGGAACAAGCGGGAAACCGUGAUCAGGACAAGCCUUCUUCAGUUCCACCUACAAGCCAGUCCAGCCUUCGCCGCAGGCCUCCUGCCCUGACCAGGCCCACUAGUACCAGCGAGCAACGUCCUCCAGUAAAGAGCCCCGGCCCGCUGACCGAGCAGGAGGGUCAACAUACAGCCAGUCGUGUCCAGCAGCCCUCAGCAGCUCAAGAAGGUGAAGAACAAAGAGGGAUGGACAAGGAUGAGUUGACACACAGCAGCAGACCUGACAAGCUUGAACAGCAAAGUCCAACCAGCCCGUGUGCCUCUUUUGAAAAACCCAGAGUGCCACUGAACAACCUGAAGAUGAAGUUUGAGAAGAGAGAAGACACCAGUGCCAAGGGUGGCAGGACAACAUUACGCAGUACUUCAUCAGAGGACAUGGACCACCACGGCAGUCUGUCUGUGUCAGACAGAGCACUGGAUUCGUCUUCCCUGAGAGACAAGAUGGCCAAAUACCAGGCUGCUGCUUCUAAGCAAGGGACUACACGCUCUGGUCUGGCCUCAGAGGUGUCUGCUCCACAAACAUCAGCACCUGUAAAUGAGAAACACGCGACUGCCCCUGAGUGCAAUGGGGAGAGCACCGAGCAGCCCAAAGCAAUCAGGAAGUUUUGCCCUCCGGCGAGAGAGACAUGCAUCGCUUGUCUGCAAACAGUGUACCCGCUGGAGAGACUAGAGGCUCAUAAGCAGAUCUACCACAAAAGCUGCUUCCGCUGUGUCCACUGCAGCACAAAGCUCAGUUUGGCGAACUUUGCGUCUCUGCAUGGUAACAUCUACUGCAAGCCCCAUUUCAGCCAGCUGUUCAAAUCCAAAGGCAACUAUGAUGAAGGCUUUGGCCACCGCCCCCAUAAAGAGCUGUGGGAACCACGAGCUGAUGGAGAUGAAAAUCAGGAAACUGUGAAGCCAAAAGAACAAGAGGAGCCAGCGAAGGUGACGCGUCGAGCUGAGAGUAUCUCAGAUGCAGAGCCAGACCCAAAUGUGGAAACAUCCCCACAGGUUAAGGUUACCGACCUUACUGCAUUACUGGAGACUCGCGUGCAAACAAAGGGUAGCUCCGGUGAGAAACCAGCAGAGAAGCCAGCUGAGAAGCGCAGGCUGAGGAUCGCUUGGCCUCCUCAGGCUGGUGACAGUCAAUCUACAGCGUCGCCACUUAGUCCACUCGCAGAGGGGGUUACAUCAAGCCGAUCCUGGAGAAAAUGGCCUCCAGAGGAUGAGGCACCGUCAUCUUUCCAGAGCUCAGACCGGGCUGAACUGAAGAGCCUGAGGAGGAGCUCUUCUCUAAAGGAGCGCAGUCGACCGUUUACAGUCGCUGCUAAACCCAAUCCCACAACCAGCGUGGGUCCUCGAGAGCCUCGUCGCCCCCUCAAAUCCCUGCUGCAAUGGAGAGCAUCAUUCGAAGAAAAAAACGCAUCUGAAGGAUCAUCCAAAGAAAAGAAGCCAGAAGUCAAGGAAGUGAAGCAACCGGAAGAGAAAGAACCAAGUGAAGCUACAGCAAUGGAAAGUGAGACCAUCUCAGAGAGCAUCGUGGAGAGUCCACGUGAGCCAAAGGAAGAAGGAGAAAAACAAGAGCAAAAAGGAAACUCAGCAGCAGACAUGAUGGCAGUGGACGAGGGCUCUUUGAGGAGACUUUCUCCUGAUAUCUCACCUUCCCCUUCUCCCCCUUUACAGCCAAAACAGAACCGCGCCUCUCAGGAUGUGGGCUUCUGGGAAGAUGACAAAGAAGAAAGUGAUGCUGACGAGCUGAGUGCAGAGGAUAUAAUCAAGAGGAACCGCUAUUAUGAGGAGGAGGAGGAUGACUCUGAGUCAUAGGAGCACAAGCUCACUGUCACGUCCAGCCACCAUAAAACACUUUGUCAGUUUUAUUUUCUCAGUUUAUAGGAAGAUCAUAAAUUUAGCUUUGCCAGAUUUUAUAGUUAUUGGAGAGAUACAAAAAUGAGUAAUAGGUAUGUGCACAUAUAUAUUGCAAUAACUGCCUUUAACUGUUAAAGUGCAAAUGUUUGAUUCUUUUCUUUCACAUUUUAAUGAUAUAUUGUAAAAAAGAAAAAAUAUCUCAGACAUUGAUUAUGUGACUUGUGAUUAUACUGGAAGGUAGCCCUGAUAAAUGCAUCUCUGCACCUCAUCUUCUGAUGAUUAUCUGCAUCAUCAGUAGCAUAUUAUUUACAGGUUGUGUGUCCAAAAACCAUUAUACUUAAUGUGACACUUAAUUGUCCUUUUUAACUACAGGCAGUGUCACAGUGCAUAAAGCAGAACAGUCAUUCUGUGCCCUUCAUAGAAUGCAGAACACAAUGUGGGACUACAAAUGUAUGUGGACAUUGUAGUUCAGAUUUUCACAUUCUGGUUUAAAGAGCUAAACAGAACCCAAAUGCUCUGGAUGAGGUUUAGCUAACCUCAAAACAACAAUGGACAAGUCUUGUCCUCUCUCAGGGAUCGAAAUGCUGUCCGUCAGUGUCGGUACUCCCUCAUGCCCAUGCAUUUGUACUGGAUCUCGUCUCAUUGGACUGUUCUGCUAUGACACUGUCAGCGCUAUUGAAAUUACUCAAUACUCCCUUCCUCAAGCAAAGUUAUGAGAGUUCAUGUGGUGUCACAAAACUACGGCACAGACAAUGUGCAGCUUACUGCUUUGAUUGUAGCUUUUUUUAGAAUUCAUUCAGCUACUUGGAAGCCACCUGCUUUGAUGUUAAUUUAAUCUUUACCUUUGUCAAACACCUGAAUUUGCACAAUUACAAGUAACUAGGGCUCUGAAAAUGUACAUACAGACAAAUCAGGGAAUAUUAACAACAUCCUGCUGGGGACUCCUUGAUCUUGUACCGUAAGAGCAAAUUGCAAAGGGAUUAUCCCAAUCGUAGGUGCUGCAAUGAAAUGUCGCCUUUGUGUGCUAUCAAGUGGGAAUCAGAACAUCUCCCCUAUUAGAGAAUAUUAGAGAGCUUGUCUGAGUUGAUCUCUCCUGUCAUCACCAUUACCACAAUGAACAAGGACAUCAUUAACCAAGGUUUCUGCUGGUAGCCAUCUUUUCAGUGUAUUAUCUCAAAAUAUAUCAUCUCUUGGGGCCUUCUGACUUUAACAUUUUGAAAUGUAAUCCAGUUUAUAUUGUAUGUAAAACACUUUGUAUUUUAUGUGUCCUGGAAUAUAUGUUUGCACAAAAUUUUUUAAUAAUUUGUAUAAUGACACAUUGGGCAUUACUAUCUAUGCUGUUGAAACAAUUAAAAUAUACCAUUAAGGAAAGUUUGAAUGAA